CGUCACACAGGACGAUGAAGUGGUUAGCUGGCGAUGUGGCGAGUAUGAGAAGAUAAGUUACAGCAGGUUGGUUGGCAGCGGUUGUCGCAUUCUCGGAGGAGGACAACGCAAACGAGGGAAUUAAAGUGUCUUAUGAGGACACACAGCUAACUGGAAUACCUGUGUUGAUAUCAUUUGGGAUAUAGCGGAGUGCGAAACAGACGAGGGCAGCCCCGCGAGGGCAAGUGUGUGCUGCUGUGGCGGUCCUGCUAGCGAAAGAUGAACAAGAACCACCGAGUGCCGAGCAACCGAACUCUGAGCGCCGUGGAGGUGAAGAGCAAGUUUGGGGCCGAAUUCCGUCGGUUCUCCCUGGACCGGUCGAAGCCGGGUCGGUUCGACGAGUUCUAUGGACUCCUGCAGCACGUGCACCGGAUCCCCAACGUGGACCUGCUGGUGGGUUACGCCGACGUCCAAGGCGACCUGUUGCCAAUCAACAACGAUGACAACUACCACAAGGCCAUCUCUGUGGCUAGCCCGCUGCUACGGCUCUUCCUGCAGAGGAAAGAGGAAGCAGACUACUCUGCGUUUGGUACGGACUCUCUGACCCGUCCUAAGAAGACGGUCCUAGCGGCCGUGUUGCUGCGGCCUGAUGCCAACCGGAAGAAGCCCCCUGUGAUCAUUAGCCUGCCCAGGGACUUCAGGCCCGUCUCCUCCAUCAUCGACGUGGACAUCCUCCCUGAGACACACCGCCGGGUGCGCCUCUACAAGCACGGCCAGGAGAAACCGCUGGGCUUCUACAUCCGCGACGGCUCCAGCGUCCGGGUCACGCCCCAGGGCCUGGAGAAGGUGCCUGGGAUCUUCAUCUCCCGCAUGGUGCCUGGGGGCCUGGCUGAGAGCACAGGCCUGCUGGCCGUCAACGACGAGGUGCUUGAGGUCAAUGGUAUCGAGGUGCAAGGCAAGUCUCUGGACCAGGUGACUGACAUGAUGAUCGCCAACAGCCACAACCUCAUUGUGACGGUGAAGCCAGCCAACCAGCGCAACAACAUCAUACGGAGCAGUGGCGGAGGGGGUGGGGUGGCUUCCGGGAGCUCGGGUCGCUCUUCCGACAGCGGCGCCAGUUUCUACGGCUAUUUCACCCCGGGCGCUGCCAUAGCGACGACCCCGGCACACAUCAUGCAGAACUUCCAUCCAGAGGAGCUGGAGAGUGAUGAGGAUGAUGAGGACCUGGUGAUAGAGGCAGACGGGGAGGCCGUGCCCAUCCCACGGGCAGCCUUGGCCAGCUGCAGCAUGCCCUCACUGCCCCGCUACGAGCCCCAUCUGAACCUCCGCACCACGGCCAACGGAGCCCUGGCCUCCAGCAACAGCACCGGUUCACUGAGCACGGUCAGCACGCCCGAUAGGGGCCUAGAGGGAAGGAGCUUAGAGGAGGACGGCACAGUCAUCACGCUGUAGACGCAUACACCCUUCAUACUUGCACAAUAAUUACGGCACACACACAUUCAUACAGUGAGGGGAAAAAAGUAUUUGAUCCCCUGCUGAUUUUGUACGUUUGCCCAC